AUGGUUCACGGGCCACUUGGCAUGCCUCGCUUAGCAUGUCAGCAGUCAGGGGACCCCCAACUUGACAACUGUAGAGCCGCGCUUGUUACACACAGCAAACUUAACCAACACGAUCGAUCUACGUACGAGCAGACAAUAACUAUAGCCGAUCGAGCAACUAGACCUCUAGGUAGGGAGUUUAGCCGACAAGGAGCACCAAAAGGACCAUUAUACCCAAGACUCCCAAGCCUCUCGGAAGGACCAGACGACGAGAUGUCGGGCAUCUCAUUUGACCUAAACGAGCUACUAUACGCAAGGCUAGAUAGCCUCGAUUCAAGGUGGACCGAAAACCUCACGGACGACGAGGAUAAUACGCUUCAACUACCUCUACCACCCCUACGAAGUCCAAAAGGGAAGGAGAGGGAAAAGGAGGAAGAGAUUCGGAGGUUACGCGAAGAGUUUGCGAAGGAGAGGAAGGAUAUGGAGCAAAAUAUAGAGCGUACUCGACGCCUUCAAUUCAUCAAUCGCUACGCAAUACGCCAAUCAUACAAGAGCCAAAAUCACUUCAGCGGCUUUCAAACCUCUUUCUCAAAGGCUAUACUUAGUUUUCUGAAAAGCCUGGACCGAGUAGCAACAAAAAUAGUCUUGAGAUCAUCAUCGGACCAGACAACACUCGAGGCUACGAGAGCUAUACGCCAAAAGAGGACCCGCCAAAACCUGAGAGCAUUCCGGACAAAAUCAGCUCUCGCUAAGGACAGCGUGCAGAUUUCCGUGCCUAACUUAAGCAACCCGAGAAGGGAAUUCAGCAACUCGAGGAGGGGAUCUAGCACCCUCGGACGUACCGACAAGCUCCUUAGAUCCCUUAACAGGCCACGUAUCGACAAAAGGGAUACUAAGGGUAUGAGAAUCGCUAAGAACGCGCCCAAGGCCUUGGCGAUCCUGACGAUGACCGACGAGAGGAAAACGGAGGAGAUUGGCAGGGAGAUCGAGGUUACGGAUACGGAAAAGGACCUCGGAUUCGGAAAUGAGCCUCUUAAGGACCUUAGAAGAGGACGGACCACCGGCAAUUAUAUCGGUAACCCUUUACCGAUCAGACUAUUAGCCAGGCACAACACGCUUGCGUACGGCACUCUAAGCGCCCUUGACGAUGAUAAUGACGAUUUCUUUGAGCUAAGAGCAACUGACCUUCACCUAAGAGCAAAAGAGUUGGCUUUGUUUGCAAGAAGCUUUCUUAAAGAACUGAAGAAAGAGAAUCCAGGGACCUCGUUUAGCGAGUGCUUUGAGAAGCUCGUUAAAGAGCUUAAGGGCAUUCAAGGCUUUUUACGACCAGGUUUGAGGGACGAUCGAAGUCUUGCUGACAAGCUGUAUUCAGCUUGUAAAAACGUAUUAGAGACUACGAUUGCACGAAUGAACCUUGCCUUUACUUCUACCGCCGCAGUUGCCGACAUUCGCAAGGCUAUUGCGUUUGCAACUAAGACCUCCCGACCUCCUGCUAAGGCGAGUUUUAUGACUACUUACGGCACUUUUGACGCUGACGAGGUAUACAAACAGCUGGAGAUUCAGACGGCAUUCUACGCCCUUACUAGCCAAAGGUACCCCGAGGUCCAAUUGGAUACAUCCCGGGCAAAGGAGAAGUCCGUUAAAUACGGCAUCGGCUCUGCCACCUUUAUUGGAGCAGUUACCUUAGAUACUCUUUUAAGUCAAGUGGAGUUUUACGUUGUAGAGAGCGACGUACCUUUCUUACUUUUAUUAGCUGACAUAGACAAGCAUAAGGUGAUCUUGGAUAACUUGCGGAACGUGCUAGUCCAAAGGAAGAAGGAAAUACUAGUAUACCGAGGGCGAGACCGUCUAUUGCUACUUUACGGAAGAACAAUUGAGGACUAUUUACAAGCGUUUUGGCCACCUUUUAGCAGCACUUUAAGGCAGAUGCUUGUAGAAGCCUAUCACAGCGUCGGGCUAGUAGAACGCUAUUACGUCCUUGUGCGACGCGCUUUUGAGAUCGUUAUAAAGGAGCUUCCAAAAGCCUUAAGGGAGGACCGGCUUCAAAUGGCUAUUAAAGCUAUCAACGACACAGCUGGACUUAAUGGCCUGAAGUACGAUCUUAGUAUCUCGACCGUGCUCGACGAAGAGGAGGGCGAUUCUUACGUUUUAUUUACUAAGGACUUUAAAGUGUUGAUUACCGACAAGGAACGCCGGGACUAUGAGCUCUUAGCUAAGCUACGAGCUGAAGGAAUCAUCAAGAGCCCCGGGGCAUCAUUUCAAGACACCGACUUACGCGCUAAAGGCGCUAAGAUCUUCGGAUCUAAGUUUGUUGAUGAGAUCAAAGGCAAGGGAACACUUACGCUAUACGAGAAGUCUCGUAUAUUAAGAAUAGCUGCUUUACAGACGGAUGAUGUUCUUAUGAUUGUCAAUCUAGUUAUAAAGAUCGGUUUCGUAGCUAUCUUUGGCAAUGAGGUUUACCUAGGAAUCCUUAACUUUCUCGUAGUCGUGUGUAUUGACUCUUACUCGCUUUACGAAUGCAUAGUAAAACUAGGGACUAUUAAGGAGAAGCGUCUAAUGAUCGAUAUUAUAGCUAUUCGGGAGUCAUACGAAAGGCGAGAGCUCUUUAAGCACUUAAAAGCUUUUGCAAACGAUCUUAAUAGACUUUUACGAUUACGUAAAGCUGAGUUCGAAGACGUCCGAAAAGCGUAUAACGACAACAUAAAAGAAUACAACUUCGUUAUAAUUAAUUAA